GCGACGGGUCAGGACGCGCCAGAGCGGUGCUGUGAGGAGCCCCCACACAGCGUACUCCUUUGUGUCUGACCCAGAGCUUUUCUGAGCCCUUAUUCCUGCAGCUGACCUCGAGACCAGACCACAGGACUUGCUGACCUGUGGCCUUGCUGAGGCUUCUCUUCUGCAGGUGCCCUCAAGGGCAGACGGUGGGAUUUGGUGACCUGGAGCUUUUCCGAGGCAUCUCCAAUCCCUGCAGUCACUGCCCCUGAGACCAGACCACCAUCGUUGACCAGGAGACUCCUGUGCUUGUGGCAGGAGCCCUCAAGACCCAGGCAUCUCUCCAGGAAAUACCAUAAAUCCAGUCACUGCCAUGGAGCAGCGACCCCUGAGAGUGCCCAAGCUAGCCUCGGUUGAGGAGGAGGAGGAAGAAGAAGGCCCUGGAGCUGUCCUGGCAUGGGAGACUGAAGAGCUGCAGCAGUUCCAGAUGCUGGAGGAGGAUGCAGCCAUGGAUCAGACACAAGGGCAGGACCUUGCUGGUGGCCUCUUCCGCAGAGCAGCAUAGGAAGAGACCAGCGUCAUGGGAACUGGGUCCAUGGAAAACGGUGAUGUCUACACCACCGACACCAGUGCUGCCAUGCUGGAAUUCAUUUUGGAGGAAGGUGUUUCCAUUCCAGAGCAAGUGCCUGCCAUGGUGAGGUACAUCCACCAGUGGCUCAUGGCCAAUCAGUUCUCUGAGCACAGGACCCUGCUGGAUCUCACUGAGGCACAGCCUGCUGACGUGGUCAUUGCUCUCCUGCGUGUGGCCCCAACAUGUGACAGAGCUGCUAUGACCAUGUGGAAGACCAUCUUGUGCUCGCCCAGGACAGCAGAGCAGGCAUACCUGAUACUCCUUGAUGUGCUGGAGAACUGGCCAGAGCACAGCACAUGCACCUCCAAUGGGGACAACAUAGGUGUCUUUGCCCUGGCUGCAACAGUGGUGAUGUGGAAGAUCCUUCAUAUGCCCUGCAUCCCACGUGUAGUGACAAUGCAUUUCCCCCGCCUCUUUAUGCAUCUGCUCUUCCAAGUGUUCUUCAGCACUUUGGAUAUGUCAGAGGAUCUCAAUGCCUUCUGGAAGGAAUGCCAGGAGCAACACGGCCUUGCCACCAGCCCCAACAGGUUUGCAGUGCAGACCCUGAAGGCCCUGCUCUGCCAAAUGCAUCAUGAGGAAGUGGUGGUGGAAAUGGAAUGCAAGGGUGGCUGGGACACGCUGCUCUGUGCUGACACCCACCACUAUGCCAUGGGUCUGCUGGCCAGGUGAGACCCCCUCCUCCCAACUACCUCUGGCAUUUGUGCCCUGUGUGUCCGGGUGCACCACACAGCCUCAGUGGUUGUAGGCCAGAGGGCCUUAUAACAAAGAGAUGGCCCAUCACACUUGGAAAAGGCUGGGAGAGGAGGGAGCCCAGAAGGAGACGCCUCCCAAGGAGCACACAACCACUCACAGGCUUGUGGGGAAAGACCAGUCCCACGUGUGUGAGUCCUGGCAGAGGUUUACUCAGGGUCCUGGUCCCAUUUUUGCCCUACCAAGGAGAUGCGCUAUGCUUCUCUAGGGUUGUGUUCCGAUAUUGCAUUCCACCUGCUCCAGCUGCUCAGCACACAGGGAGGCACGCUGGGAUCUGCCUGCCCUGGCAUUCCUUGUGGAGAUCCUGGAGUGCCUGGA